AUGGCAGCCGCGCUGCCGUCUACUGCGCUCAGGAUCGCGGUCGCGACGCCAUUCGCGACAUCAACAGCGGGGACACGCGGAUCAUCCGCUAUUUUCGCCGGGAAUGGGGGAAGCAGAAACCCUGCCAGCGGAAAAGAUUCAUCUAAGAAGGCCGCGGCGGACGUGUACACAGAGGACGAGGAGGCUUACAGCGAGGAAGAGGAGGCCUAUAGCGAGGAUGAGGAGAUAGACGAGGAGCUGCUAGCCGCCAUGCUGGCGGAAGAAGAGCUCCUGGCGGCGGAGCUGGAGAAGGGCGGAAGCGGAAGCGGAAGCGGAGAGACAGGGGGAAAGCGCGCAUGGUCGGACGAGGAGUGGGACGAGGAGGAACUAGACGAGCUCUUUGAUAAAUAUGGGAAGACUCUUAAAGAGGAUACGAGCGGCAGCAGCGCUGGGUACAAGCUUUUAAGAGAAGAGGAUGAUACCGGGGAUGAAGAUGAGCAGAAUGAUGGUAGCGAGGGUGGUAUUAACGGGGUUGUUGCCGUCAGCAGCGCAGUUGCUGCGUCACGAGCCGCGGAAGAAGCAUCGUCCGCCGCGCCGCGUUUCCCGCCGGAUUCGGACGAGGCGAGCGAGGCGUUCGCGGUCGCUCUGGCUGUCGCCGCGAGUGACGCUAAGGGGAGUGAUAUUAUCGCGCUGGACGUGCGGCCGCUCGUGUACUGGACGCAGUACUUCGUUAUAGCGACGGCCUUCUCGCGCGCGCAGAUGGACGCUAUAGCGAAGCGCAUGCGCGACGUGGCGGAGUCGCCGGGGUUCGCGCGCGAGCAGAAGGGCGGGGAUAGGGGGAGCGGCGGGAGCGCCCGCGGGGGAAGCGCGUGGACGCUACUAGACUAUGGCGACGUGGUAGUGCAUCUGUUCACGCCUAAGGAGCGCGAUUAUUACCGCCUAGAGGAGUUCUACGCAAAUGCGGAGGAGGUUCCGCUGCCGUUCCCCCAGGAGGGGCGAUACUGA